AUGGAGCAAUUAACUGUUGGAACAUUUUCGGGGUUCUCAGAAUUUACUUUAUGGUUAUCAUUCUUCGAAUUCAAACCUUUUGCAGAGCCUGAGCAGAAAACUGGUCCACAUACUGUCCGGGUUGCUUUAUGUGGCUUGCUGGCCAAUUUUCAGGUUAGCACAUCAACUGAAGCUCGUUACUUUGCUUCCCUAGUUCCUCUUAUAAAUUGCUUAAGGCUUGUCAUUUAUGGCCUCUCCUUGGUUACUGAUGAAGGACUUAUAAAAUCCGUGACUCGAGAAGGAAAUCCAGGGGAAUUGCUUAGAGGUCCUUUGUAUUAUGUUUUGAUAUUGAUUUUAUGUUCUCUUGUCUUCUGGCGUGAGUCGCCCACUGGCGUGAUUUCUCUGGCAAUGAUGUGUGGUGGGGAUGGUGUUGCUGAUAUCAUGGGAAGAAGAUUUGGAUCCUUAAAAAUUCCUUAUAAUCCACAAAAAAGUUGGGCUGGUAGCAUCUCCAUGUUUAUAUUUGGUUUCUCCAUUUCCAUUGGGAUGCUUUACUACUUUUCAGUCCUUGGAUACUUCCAGUUCGAUUUGGUUGGGGCAAUGGGAAGAGUUGCUUUGGUUUCUUUGGUGGCUACUGUGGUGGAGUCUCUCCCGACUACAGGAGUGGUUGAUGAUAACAUAUCAGUUCCAUUGGCAAGCAUGCUAAUCUCAUUUUUUAUGUUUGGUUAUUAA